UAGCUACUUGGUGCGGAAAUACGAACGCACGAGUAACGACACUGUGAGAACUUGGUAGUUCGUACAGCCAUGGUUGUGAAACGUGUCGUCGCAACAGAAAUAAAAUUCGGGGGCAGCGCCGGAGACUGAGAGGACCACCGGACGGACGGACAUGACGGCGAGAACGGAAGACAAGGCGGUGCCGCUCCUCCCUCCUUCUUCUUCGCCGCCGCCUCCACCUCCUCCACCUCCUCCGCCACCCCCUCCUCCAUGCUACGUCAUCCCGGCCUUCAUCUUCCUCCCGCCCUACCCCUUUCCCCGGCGCCGCUGGUGGGCUCUUCUCUGCUCCCUCACCUGCCUCCUCGUCUUCGCCCUCGCCACCAUCCUCAUCGCCCUCGCCGCCUACUUGCUCUGGCCCUCCGACCCCGAGCUCCAGGUCUCCCACUUCCGCCUCGACCGCAUCCACAUCUCCCGGCCGCCCGACGCCGCCAUGGACGUCACCCUCGGCGUCGAGCUCCUGGUCCGGAACCCGGACUUUGUCGCCCUCAACUACGGCUCCCUCGCGGUCUCCGUCGGGUACCGUGGGCAGCGGCUCGGGACCGUGACCUCCAGCGGCGGGCGCGUGAGCGCAAGGGGGUUGUCGUACGUGGACGUCGAGCUCCGGCUCGACGGGAUCCAGUUCCUCGACGAUGCCUCUUAUCUGAUCGAGGAUCUCAACAGGGGUUCCUUACUGCUGGAUACGUUCGCCGAGGUCCAGGGCAAGCUACGCCCCUUCUUCUUUCAAGUUCCCGUUCAGGGAAGGGUUUCUUGCUCGGUAAAUAUAAAUCCAGAAACCCAGAAGAUCAUUCAUCAAGAUUGCUACCCUGAGUGAUGGCCGAUGCAUGAAGCAAAAUACCUUUCUGGAUAAUGCUUAAUUGUUAUUGUUUGCUUCUCUAUCAGGCUAGAGCUAGCUUUUUGCCAUUCAUUGUUGUGAUAUAUGUUGAUUAGAUCAGGGUCCUUGUAAUACUAUGCAUAUAUUGUAACUGAGAAAACACGCAAGUGUUGUAAAUAAACAGUUCAUAUGCCUAUCAUGAACUGACUGGAGAUUAUGUUAUCUAUUAUGGUUAUAUGAGCAUUUAUAUGAGGUUAUUCUUCCGUUUA